AUGGAUACUUACAAGAGCAAUAGAGGAGGUGGAGGUAGAGGAGGUUCCCGAGGAGGAGGAGGAAGAGGAGGCAGUAGCUUUGGUGGAGGCAGAGGUGGAGGCGGCGGUAGCUUCAGAGGAGGAAGAGACAACUUUGGUGGAGGUGGUAGAGGUGGCAGCAGCUAUGGUGGCGGCAGCAGCAGAGGCGGCAGCAGUUAUGGUGGUGGCAGCAGCUUUGGUGGUGGUAGAGGUGGAGGCAGAGGCGGCAGCAGCUAUGGUGGAGAUGGUGGCAGCAGAGGCAACUUUAGAGGAGGAAGAGGUGGCAGCAGCAGAGGCGGUAGCAGUUUUGGUGGUGGAGGUAGCAGAGGAGGUAGAAGAGACUAUAACAAUGACUACAACAAUAGCUACAACAACAACAACAACUAUGAAGGAGGAGAUGAUUAUAACCAAAAGCAACAUGAUGGUGAAUCAACAGCAACCUUUUACCAAGACAGAAAUGGAAAUAGUGGUCGUGGAGGUAGAGGAGGUUAUAACAACAAUAACAACAGAUUCAACAACAACAAAUCAUAUGAAGAUAGUUACCAAGAUAACAACUCUACUUCAGCACCUGAAAACAAACAAAAUGAUGAUGACGAAGAAUACUACAAACCAAUCCCAUCAUCUAAAAAGGAUGAUAAGAAUAGUGUAGAAGCCGAUCCAUCAACAAGACAAUACUUUGAAAGAAUUAAAAAUAUUUUAAAAGAGACUGAAGAUGAAGAGGAGAGAUCAAUUAUAAUUGAUAAUGCAUUAAAAGAAUUGGGUAGUAAUGCACAUAUUACACUGUGUGAUAAAUCAUGUUCAUUGGUAUUUGAAUUCUUGAUCAAAUCAUUCUCUAAUGUGCAAAGAGCCAAUUUGUUAAAGUCAAUGGAAACCGACUUUAUGAUGGUCGUCACCAACUGCAAUGGUAGCAGACUUAUCGAGACUGUCCUCAACUACACACCGACCAUUUUAAAUGACACUGACUCUGACAAUAUCCAAUUGCUCUCUGACACUAUCUUUAAGUUGUUUGACGUAUUGGUCGAAAACAUUAAAACCGUAUCACAAGACAAAUAUGCUACCUAUGUAUUCUCAACUGUCAUUUCUUUAUUAACUGGUAAAGUAAAGGAAAAGAAAGAAUCUACUAAAUAUCAAAAGUCAAAUGAUAUUGAAACAGAAGAAAGUCAAACUAUCAUUUAUGAUGUACCAAAUUCAUUUGGAGAGAAAUUCAAGACUGGUUUACAAUCUGUAUUUGACAAGUUAAAGGAUGAGAUGGGUAUGAUGGUAUUUGAUAGUAGUUAUACUUUAAAUAUUCUCAAGACCUUGUUUACUGUGUCCAAAGACAAUACAUCCUACUUUACUAAAUUGACCAACAAGAUUCUUUCACCUUCCGAACAAGGUCAAACUGAAGAAGAGAAAUUAAUUAGUUUAUCAAAUAAUCAAUUUGGUUCUAUUCUUUUAGAAACUAUUAUUCAAAACUCACCAAAUUCAAUUUACCAAAAAUUAUUUGCAAUGUUUAAAAAUAAUUUAUUAACAUUGGCAGAACAUGGAUUUGGUAAUCAUGUCAUUCAAAAGUUGGUUGAAAAUAUCAGAGAAGCUGCACAAAUCAAAUCAAUGGUACAGGUAAUCAAGGAGGAUGAUACUGUUAAAAAGUUGUUUGACAGUGGAAAAGCAUACAUUGUUCAAAAGGUUGUCGAAGGUUGUGUUAAAUUUGAUACCCAACAAAAGGAUACUCUCAAGGUUCUCAUUGCAACUGUCGUUCCAAAAGAUCAAGAAAAUUAUCCUCAAUUUAUCAAUAAUCUAUUAGUAUUGGAAAAAAAUAUUUCAAGAAGACAUAAUUUUUCAACAAGUGGAGCAUUAAUUAUUCAAAGUAUAUUUAAUUUUAAUGCUAGUUUUAAUGGAGCUGUAGUUGAUGGAUUUUUGAAAUUGGAUUCUACCAAGAUGAAUACAUUGAUCAAGGAUUUGGUUGGUAGUAGAGUGGUUGAUGGAUUCUUGAAUUCAUCUAUUCCAAUGGUCAAGAAACAACAAUUGAUCAAAUCACUUGCUGGUAACUUUGUCGAUAUUGCCAUGGACAAGUAUGGAUCCUAUGUCAUUGAAAAGAUCUACAACAUCUCUGACAUGACCAUUCGUGAAUCGAUUUGUGAGGAACUUGCAGCUCAAGAGGAAAAGGUAUUCUCUAAACCAUGUGGUCGUUAUGUAUUGUUGGUUUGCAAGGUCAAUGUCUACAAAAAGAAGAAAUCAUCUUGGUCUCAACAACAAUCAAUUCAAGAUAAAAAGAGAAAAAUGUUUGAUGAAAUUAUUAAUGAUGAUGGUCAACUAAAUACAAAAAAUCAAAAUCAAAAACAACAAAAUAAUUAUAGUGAUACUUAUAUUAGCAAUAAUAAUAAUAAUAACAAUUAUAAUAAUAAUAAUAGUUAUAAAAACAACAAUAACAACUUUAAUAAGAGUAUGAAUAAUUAUAACAAUAAUAAUAAUAAUAAUAAUAAUAAUAAUAAUAAUAAUAAUAAUAAUAAUAAUUUCAACAAAAAGGAUGAUAGUAGUAGUCAUACACUAAAGAAACAAAAAACCAAGAAACAAGUAGAAGAAGAAGAACCAACAAUUAAUAAUAAUAAUGGAGGAGAUGAUUUUGAUGAGAUUGAUGAAAUCUUUUCAAAAAAGAAAUAA